GUAACCAUAACGUAGUAGUCGAAAAAUUUCAGCAUGUUGGAAUUCUACGGUAUGUUUCUUACGGAUAGCCAAUCAGAUUGACGUUGUCUGACGUCACAGUCCGGCGCGAUCAAGAAAGCAUUCUGAGAUAAGUGUAUGGAUCAUUUGUAUUGCCACAAAAUGUAUACAGACUCCGAAGAUAUACAAGAUAUAAGUGUGAUGGAAGUAACAUCGGAUUUAGUAUUCAAUUCGAUACAUACGACCGAAUUGAAUACUGAAGCCGAUGCUACUUUCAUCGACAUCGUGAGAGGUUAUCCUCAUCUUUAUGCAAAGAACUUGAAAGAUUUUAAAGAUAAAAAUGUACGUGAACGCUCAUGGGAAGAAAUAGCAUCCGUUCUAAAUUGUUCAGUGGAAGAUUGUCAGAGGCGAUGGUUACGCUUGAGGGAAAAAUUUGCAAAAGAGCGAAAGUUACGGGAUGCAGAAACAAAGAGUGGUAGUGGAAGUAUUACAGGAAGAAAAGAAUGGGCUUUGUAUCAAAAUAUGAUGUUUCUUUCGAAACAUGUUCAGUCAAGAAAUCCGCUACACAACGACCGGUGAUUAAAGCACACCCAGUAUCGUCUUGUACUUCAAGUACUCAAAAUCCUUAAUCUUCAAUAUCAGUAUCAUUAUCACCUUCCUAGUCACCAUCAAAUUCUGAUAGCAUGCCAUUCUCUUCAGUGUCGCCUGCAAGUUCCCGAAAUACCCCACCACCUCAAAUAUCUACUCGUCAACAAUCACCAAUUUUUCUAAAUUCUCCACUGCCGAAGAAUUCUGCAUUCCAUACAAUAUAUAGUUCAACACCAUCACCUAGUGACGGAGAUGAUCACAAUUUAACUAUUUCUUUGACAUCUCCACAAUCCAUUCUGACUCCUCAAUCCUCUAAAUGUGAAAAGCCAACAAAUCCAGAGAUAUCUUUACAAACAUUUCGACACCUAAAAGAAAAUCAGAGAAUAUGCAACAAGAAGAGAAGAAUCAUUUCUUGCCCGGAUGGACCCAAAGAAAAAAACGCUCUGUCGCUGUUGAAGCAAAUUUCUUGAAAGUAUCAUCGGAAUUAAGUUCAUAUCUCAGAAAUUCCCAAGAUACAACAUCAAAUGCAAGCGAUGUAGAGUUAUUUGGAAAAUGGAUUUCUUGUGAAUUGAGAAAAUUGCCUGAAAUGGAUAAAGAAACAAAAAAUGGAACAAAUUACACAAAUUAUAUUUACAUCAUAAGUGUUUUAUGUAUUCUACAGAUUCGUUCAACAAAAUAAAUAUUUAGAUAUAUA